AUGUCACAGCUGGCACCAGGCCUGGGGGACCUUCUCUGGCUACCUGUUUUCCCAGGUGUAAGGGUCCUUGUGGGUGCACCAAAGGCAGAUUCCAAGUACAGCACUUCCGUGAAAUCCCCUGGGGCUGUGUUUAAGUGCCGUGUACACACCAACCCGGAUCGGAGAUGCACCGAACUGGACAUGGCUCGAGGGAAGAAUCGGGGCACACCCUGUGGAAAGACCUGCCGGGAGGACCGGGAUGAUGAGUGGAUGGGGGUGAGCCUGGCUAGGCAGCCCAAGGCUGACGGCCACGUGCUGGCCUGUGCACAUCGCUGGAAGAACAUCUAUUACGAGGCAGACCACAUCCUGCCGCACGGCUUCUGCUACGUCAUCCCGUCCAACCUCCAGGCCAAAGGCAGGACGCUGAUCCCUUGCUAUGAAGAGUAUAAGAAGAAGUACGGGGAGGAACACGGCUCCUGCCAGGCUGGAAUCGCAGGCUUCUUCACCGAGGAGCUGGUGGUGAUGGGUGCCCCAGGGUCAUUCUAUUGGGCUGGGACGGUCAAGGUGCUGAACCUUACAGACAACACCUAUUUCAAACUGAACGACGAGGUGAUCAUGAACAGGCGGUACACUUACCUGGGUUACGCGGUGACUGCCGGUCACUUCUCUCACCCGUCCGCCACCGACGUGGUAGGGGGUGCUCCGCAGGAUGAAGGCAUCGGAAAGGUUUAUAUUUUUAGAGCUGACCGAAGAUCAGGCACCUUAAUUAAGAUUUUUCAGGCGUCAGGUAAAAAGAUGGGCUCUUACUUCGGCUCCUCCUUGUGUGCAGUGGACCUGAAUGCAGACGGCCUCUCCGACCUGCUGGUGGGGGCCCCCAUGUUCUCUGAGGUCAGGGAUGAGGGGCAGGUCAACAUCUACAUCAACAGAGGAAAUGGAGCCCUGGAGGAGCAGGUGGCCUUGACCGGGGACAGCGCCUACAACGCUCACUUUGGGGAGAGCAUCGCCAGCCUGGGUGACCUCGAUGAUGACGGGUUCCCAGAUGUGGCCAUUGGUGCACCCAAGGAAGACGACCUUGCGGGGGCAGUGUAUAUCUAUCAUGGUGAUGCCGGUGGGAUGGUCCGUCAGUACUCAAUGAAACUGUCUGGGCGGAAGAUAACCCCAGUGCUCCGGAUGUUCGGUCAGUCCAUAUCAGGAGGCAUCGAUAUGGAUGGCAAUGGCUAUCCUGAUGUAACCAUUGGAGCCUUCAUGUCCGACAGCGUGGUCCUUCUAAGGCAGGAGGUCCUUAGCCUGAAUUACGUUCUGACGGCUGAUGUGGCCAAAAAGGAGAAGGGCCAGCUGCCGAGGGUCUACUUUGUGCUGCUGGGAGAGACCGUGGGCCAGGUCACAGAGAAGCUGCAGCUGGCCCACCUGGAGGAGACAUGCCAUCACUACCUGGCCCACGUGAAGCGGAGAGUCCAGGAUGUCAUCAGUCCGAUUGUGUUCGAAGCGGCCUACAGCCUCGGCGAGCAUGUGACUGGAGGGGAGGAGAGGGAGCUGCCUGCGCUGACACCAGUGCUCCGCUGGAGGAAGGGACAGAAGAUCGCCCAGAAGAAUCAGACCGUUUUUGAAAGGAAUUGCCGUUCCGAGGACUGUGCCGCGGACCUGCAGCUUCGGGGGAAACUGCUGCUCUCCAGCAUUGAUGAGAACACCACGUAUCUGGCUUUGGGGGCUGUGAAGAAUAUCUCCUUAAACGUCUCCAUCUCCAACCUUGGGGAUGAUGCCUACGAUGCCAAUGUGUCCUUCAAUGUUUCCCGAGAGCUCUUCUUCAUCAACAUGUGGCAGAAGUGACAGCAGGAAGCAGAUAAGCU